ACCUUUAGAUUUUCAUUUUCUUUUGAUCUUACUUUUAUUUUUUAAUUUUUUUUAUAAAUAGGAACUUUCAUUAAUGAAAACGAAGUUACAAUUAUAACCUGAUACACAUUACAAGCCAACUAGUGACAAUUGGGACUCCUACAAGCACUCAAAUUUCUUUAAAAUUGGUAUUAUCUUAACUUCUAUAAUUCUUUACAGACAAACUGUAGAGAUAAACACUCUAUCAAACGUAGAGAUAGCUUUCAUAUCCUUCACUCUAGAGGAAGAGAGGGCCUUCAUUCCCUACCCUCAAGAGAAAGAGGAUGUUUUCAUUCCCCAUCAUUUAGAGGAAAAGAGGGUUUUCCACCCCCAUCCUCUAUAGGAGGAGAGGGAUUCCACCCCCACCUUCCAGAGGAGAUGAGGGUUUUAUUACUACCUAAACAAGACCAUGCAUAAAGAUUGAAAAAUAAUGAAUUAUAGCAUAUAAAGCUGUAGAUUUAAAUUUUCAAUCUUGAAGAAAAAUAAAAGAUAAAAAAAUAAAAACACUACACAGAAAACAUUGUGGGGGCGCACGCACCACCAUAAUAGAGUGGCGGACAAGUUAGUCUAAAGAAACUGAGUGCCCUGAAUCCAAAAUUGCCAUGUGUGUUGCUACAAGAGCUUCCCCUUUUGCUGGCGUGUGGAGGCGCAAGGAUCACACAUGCAACUUUGACCUGCUUAUGAACUACACGCGCCACUCAUUUCGAUGAAAUUCUUUACCUGUUUGAAUGAUUGGCGGCUUGAGAUUCCUACGGUGGGGGUGCAUGUUGUCGUAAUUCUCAAAGGACAGAAUUUACCGGGCACUCUUCCUCCAGAUUUGAAGUUACCUUGCCUGCAAAAACUUGACCUCAGUCGCAACUAUCUUAGCGGUUCAAUCCCUUCAACAUGGGGCUCCAUGUCGCAGCUGACCCACAUUUCCCUUUUAGGAAACAGAUUAACGGGUCCUAUUCCCGGAGCUCUUGCAAACAUCAAAUCUCUCAAAAGCUUGACGGUCGAGUUCAAUAAACUUUCUGGAAAUCUUCCUCCAGAGCUCGGGAGUAUGUCCUCCAUAGAAAGACUUUUACUUAGCUCGAACAAUUUUACUGGGGAGCUACCUCCUUCAUUUGCAAACUUGAUCUCAUUGCAAGAUUUUCGGAUCAGUGACAAUCAAUUUUCUGGACAGAUUCCCAAUUAUAUUCAAAAAUGGAAAAACCUCACUAAACUAUUUAUUCAAGCAAGUGGUUUGAAGGGGCCAAUUCCUAGCCUUGAUCAUUUGGGAAAGUUAACUGAAUUGAGAAUCAGUGACUUGAAUGGAUCUGAAGUAACUUUUCCAUUGAAAAGCAUUAACAUAGCACAAUGGAAAAUACUGAUGUUGAGGAAUUGCAAUCUUACUGGACCGCUACCCGAUCCAUUCUUAUCUCCCGGGGCUACGAAAGAAUUGUCAACCUUAGAUCUCAGCUUCAACAGACUAGGUGGAGAAAUUCCACUCAGCUUUGAAAAUCUGAAAAAAAUACAACGCAUGUUUGUCACAUCAGGAGCAAGUUUACCUGUUGAACGCUGGCAAAACUGCGUAUGUAAUGAUGCUGACUGGUUAAUGCUGAUUCUGUACAGAUACUUAACCGGCAACUCAUUCACUGGACCAAUACCUGCUUGGAUACUGGAUGGAGGACAAUAUGUCGAUCUUUCAUAUAACAAGUUUACAAUUCAUAAAGGAUUGGAUGGUUGCCAAAAAGGGAAAGGGAUCAACUUAUUCGCAAGCUUCUUGACGGACAAUAUUGAAACUGGCAAUAUUGUUUCGUGUUUGAGGAACUCACCGCGUUCAUGUCCCAAACAUGGCCAGUACAAGCUUCAUAUAAAUUGCGGCGGAGGAAACCUACGUGUUAAUAAAAGUAAUGAAUUUGAUGCCGAUAAAGAGGAUGGGGGAUACUCAAAGUUCUUCCUCGCACAAGGUGAUCAGUACUGGUCGUCUAGCAGCACUGGUCAAUUCAUAGACGAUGACCGCACCAACCAAGACGUCAUUUUGCAAAAUUUAUCCAGGCUCUCUACGAACUCGCCCGAUGCCGAACUGUACAUGACAGCGCGCUUUUCUCCUCUCUCUCUUACUUAUUAUGCCUUUUGUUUGGUAAAUGGGAAUUAUACAGUAAAGCUCCAUUUUGCGGAGAUAGUAUUCACUGAUGAUGAAACGUAUAGCAGCUUGGGAAGACGUAUAUUUGAUGUUUACAUUCAGGAAAAGCGAGUGCUAAAGGAUUUCGAUAUUGUGAAAGCAGCCGGGGGGGUUCGUAAGCCGUAUAUACAAAGUUUUAAUGCUGUUGUUGUGACUAAUAGUACCCUACAGAUCCGUUUCUACUGGGCUGGGAAGGGGACAACUGAUAUCCCAUCCAAAGGAGACUAUGGUCCUCUUAUUUCAGCCAUUUCUGUGGAAUCUGACAAUGAACCUUCAAGUAUAUCUAUUGGAGCAGUGGUUGGAAUUCUCGUUGCUGGAGCUUUUGUUAUAAUUUUAUUUGUUGUGGCUAUCCUCUGGUGGAAAGGCUGUCUAGGACAGAGAUCAAGUGCUACUGAUCAUGGUAGUUUCAAGGCUAUUAAUAUUGUUAUUAUCAAUAAGUUUUCCUUCCCUACAAUCAUCAUGAGGAAUGCGAAUUCUUCAAAUUUCCCAGACAUACUUGCCUAUCUAACUUGGCAUGCACCUUCCUUAGAUUUAAGAGGCUUAGACCUGAAAACUGGAACAUUCACCUUGAGGCAAAUCAAAACAGCUACAAACAACUUUGAUGAGGCGAAUAAAAUUGGGGAAGGUGGUUUUGGUUCUGUUUAUAAGGGCCUUCUGUCUGAUGGCACCAUGAUGGCAGUCAAACAGCUUUCUUCCAAAUCAAAGCAAGGAAAUCGUGAGUUUUUGAAUGAGAUCGGCAUGAUUUCUGCUUUGCAGCACCCUCAUCUUGUAAAGCUCUACGGAUGCUGUGUUGAAGGAAAUCAAUUGUUGCUGGUAUACGAGUACAUGGAAAAUAAUAGCCUCGCUCGUGCUUUGCUUGGGCCCGAAGAAUAUCAAAUACAAUUGGAUUGGCCAACAAGACAUAGGAUUUGUGUUGGCAUAGCAAGAGGUUUGGCCUAUCUCCAUGAAGAAUCAAGGUUGAAGAUUGUCCAUAGAGACAUCAAGGCUACUAAUGUCUUGCUUGAUAAAAAUCUCAACCCUAAGAUAUCUGACUUUGGUUUGGCCAAGCUUGAUGAAGAGGAUAAUACACACAUCAGCACCCGAAUUGCUGGAACUUAUGGUUAUAUGGCACCUGAGUAUGCGUUGCGAGGUUAUUUAACUGACAAAGCAGAUGUUUAUAGUUUUGGAAUUGUGGCUUUGGAAAUUGUCAGUGGGAAGAGCAACACGAGUCACAGGCCUAAGGGGGAAUCUCUACAACUUCUUGAUUGGGCACUUGUUUUAAAAGAGAAAGGAAAUCUGUUGGAUUUGCUUGAUCCAAGAUUAGGCUCAAACUACAGGAAGGAAGAGGUUAUGCGUGUGAUUAAUGUGGCUCUCCUAUGCACUAAUGUUUCUGCAGCAGUUAGGCCUACCAUGUCCUCAGUGGUGAGCAUGCUUGAGGGCGGCGCUGUUAUUCCUGAGUUGGGUCCAAAUUUAAGUAUCAUAGAUGAUGAAAUGAAAGUGAAGGCACUGUGGGAGCAUUUUCAAGAUAAGAAAGAAUCAAGUAGGGGAAAUAGCCAGACCCAAAGUGUAUUAACGGAUGACCCAUUCACCGGUUCUUCUACAUCCGCUGUUGAUCUAUAUCCAAUCAAUAUGGAUUCUAGUUACUGGGAGAAAAGGGUUUAGAUAAAUGAGCAAUACUGCUCUUCAUUCUAGUUUGUCGAUUGUCUUAAAAUAUGAAAGAUAAUCUAGUGUACUUAAAUGAAAAGUCACAUUAUUAUUUAAUAAGUUUGUCGGGACCAUGUCGUUUUGGAAGAAAAGGAACGGUUUGAAGUUUUUUGUGGGGUAAUAAAUGUGAAUUAAUUGCUAGCA